AUGUCGAACUCGAGCUCGAAUCACUUCACCUGCCCGUCAGGCGGCACCUGGUACGUGUGCCCGGACGCGCCUCACUUCGUCGGCUGCUGCUCCUCGGACCCAUGCACAAACGUCGACGCAAACAGCACCUCGCCAUGCCCCAACGUCUAUGCCGCCUCAUUUGACACCUCCCUCUACGACAAAAUCUCGCCCAACUCGUGCAUCGACUCCGCGAACGGGAACGCGGACUGGUAUACCUGCACCUCAACGAACCCACCCUUCCUCGGCUGCUGCGCGAGCUCUGCUUGCGAGACGGGGUGUCCAGUCGAUGAUUUACUUGCCGCUGCGUGGAGUUCGUCCAGUCGGGACGAGGGCACAGGCGAUGACGAUGAUGAGGGUAGUAGCGGAGGGGAUGGGUUAUCCGGCGGCGCGAUCGCGGGAAUCGUGGUUGGGGCUGUUGCGGCGCUGGUGAUUAUCGGAGUGCUCGUCUGGUUCUUCAUGCGGAGAAGGAACAAGAAGGCUGCUGCGAUGAGUGGACACGGGCACACGCCGACUGUUGUCGAGGGCGAGCAUCAGAGGAUGUAUCCAUCCCCGGCGUCGCCGUACCAUAACUCGCAAUUCUCCAGCCCUGCCGGCACGGCAGGAAAGGACUCGAAAUACACGUCAACUUCCUCAGCAGGCAUCAGCCUGCCCUCGCUCUCUCCCGGACUACCCUCAGAAAGCGGACGGCCAAUUUCAGAAUUCUACUCGAAUAGUACCGGGAACGAGGAUAUGUCGCAGCAGAAAUGGGCGCCGGGCCAGAGCUACGGGCUCGGUGUGCAUGGAGCACAAAAACCAGAGCCGAUACAGGAGUUGGACAGCAAUGUGGCCGAGGUGCAUGAGCUGGACGGACUCGGAGGAAAUUGGCCGCGAUGA